AUGAACGUAGAGGGCCUAGAAACUAUGAACACCGAUUUUGCACCCGAACUUGCCCAUGAGGCAAUUCUUGACGUUAGCCAUCAAUAUGUCACACCUCCGCAGCAAUCUGACGGAACUUCUAAUCAGGCAGAACCACAGCAUGACGAAAUCGACUCAGGGUUGGAUGAGGAUGAAAACACCCUGUCCGAAACGAAAUCCCUGUCGCCUUCCGUCAAAGAAUUUGCAUAUGUGUUCGAUAGACGUUACCAUAGCGAUCGGUUCAAGUCUAAAUACUGGCACGGCAUAUGCUACGAAGCCUUUGACCAAAAACAUUUCCGUGCUCAUAUCCGAGACGAUGCCCAGGUAUGUUCGUUUCCAAUCCAGGCUAACGCUUCAGAGCUGAUCCAAUCGCAGGCGAUAUUGGAUGUCGGAACAGGCAGUGGCGCUUGGGUUGUGUAA